AUGACAAUCGAUGACAUAUACGAGCAGGCCAUACAAGCUGGCCCAGGUUGCACAAUCAUCAAGAGGGACAUCAAGGAUGCCUUCCGAAUAGUCCCCGUUGCCGAGGAUAACCAGCACCUCAUUGCCUUUCAAUGGACCGAUUCCACUUAUGUUGAAUGCUGCCUCCCCUUUGGCCUCGCAACGGCCCCGUUUCUCUUCAACCUCUUCGCCGAGGCACUCCAUUGGAUACUCCAAUGCCUCCUCCCUACAUUCCAUAUCAAUCAUUACCUAGACGACUUCAUCGCAAUUACUCAGUCUCCCUCAGUGUCCGACCCCACGGGUCUUUUUGAUGAGGUUUACAACAGAGUCACCGACUAUUUACGCAUUCCUCGCAAUACAAAAAAGGACCAGCAAGGGACCUGUGUUACGGUCCCGUCUCUAUACAUCUUCCAAGCCGCUUUCCCACAUGGGAGUAGUGCGCGCCGCCGUAUCCCUCACGAGCUUCAUCCAAGCAAUGCUGCCACAUUGGCCCUUGCUCAAGACGCACAUGCGCACAUCAAUACCAAUGAAGUAGACGCUAUUCUACAAAGCUUCCUACUCUUCAGCCACCAUUGGCUCCAUCAUACUCUCGUUAUCCACACGGAUAGCUCCACAGCGCACUCGGGACUCAAGAAAGGCUUUCUUCAUGGCCCGUCUAACGUACCUCUGAAGAGCCUGUUUAUCCUAGCGGCGGCGAGAGACAUCCACAUUGUGCCACACUGGCUCCCCUCCGGGGAAAAUACAUUAGUAGACGCGCUGUCCCGACCUCUCGCUAUUGAACCGCCCGCGUGGUUCUCUUCAAGAGCUCCUCAGCUCAAUGACGGCCACCUAAAACUGCUCUGGAACGGACUCAGCGCCAACACACGUUCUGUUUACCUCUCUGUUCAGCGCAGCUACGAAAAGCACUGCGCGCUACAAAAUUUAUCCGCAUGGCCAGUUUCAAGACAGUCAUUGACCUCAUGGCUAAGCUCACGACUCCUUGGUAACGCCAACCAAAAGGCCGUCAAACCUGACACCGCACUCGCCGACCUAGCCGCUCUCCGAGCCUACCAUAUCGAUAAUUUCCUUGACGAUAAACUCUUCGAUAACAAGCAUUUUCGGCGUCUCAUAGACGGCGCGAGAAGACCCAAUCCCGUCACAAAAGUACGGGUCAGAAACCCUAUUUCGCGUGACACUAUUACGACACUAUCUGCGGGCCUCGCCGCACUACCACCACAGCCCUCGGAGAUGUCUGCGAACAUUCUAGACGACUUGAACUCCGCAACCGCGUGCCGGGUAGCAUUUGCUGGAUUCAUUCGCCUCGGAGAAUUCGCCUACAAGACUGACGACCUCCGCACACGUUCUAUCUUCUCAGCCACAAAGUUAACGCGCUCCGAUGUCAGAUUCUCGUCCUCGUUAGACCACGCACAACUCACACUCAAGCGCAGUAAGACAGACCACCGCCACGGAGGCGUGCAAAUUAUUCUGGCAAAGACGGGAGACGGCGCGUGCCCGGUUGAUGCCCUUCAGAAGCUGCUACUGCUCGACCCCAAAGGGCCCCGACGCCCCAUUGUUCUCCUUCCACAGAAGGCCAUUCAGUCGCAACAACUUCCUCUCGACCUUAUCUACUAA